CAAUAAAACUGAGGAUUUCUAUUCCUUACUUGCAUGGCAUUCGAACUCAAUUUUCACUUUGGAAACUCCUUUCACCAAUACCAUCGUUGCCUCGAAGCCCCUUAAACAAUGCACACACUACAUGGCCGCCCAUCUCCGAGCAUGGAAGCGUUGCAUGUCACUGGCUCAACGCUGCACCACCAUGCACCAACUCAAGCCCAUCCACGCCAUUUUCCUCACCCACGGUCUCCACCACAACAACUACGCCCUCAGCAAACUCCUCGCCUUUUGUGCUCUCUCCGAUUCCGGUAGCCUCUCCUACGCUUCGCUCAUCUUCACCCAUAUCCAAACACCCAAUUCCUUUAUCUACAACACUCUUAUCAGAGCCUAUUCCCGUAGCUCACAGCCUCAACUUGCUCUUCAUUACUUUCACCUCAUGUUGAAAGAUUAUGGUAGUAACUUACUAGCUCCCGACAACCACACCUUUCAUUUUGUUCUUUCGGCUUGCGCGAAUGCCAAAUGGGUACUUGCAGGCAAGCAAACUCACAAUUGGGUACUCAAAAAUGGGUUGGUUUUGUUUGAUGGUCAUGUUCAGACUGCGCUUAUUAGAGUUUAUGUUGAGUGUAAGGUUUUGGAUGAUGCAUGCAAAGUGUUUGAUGAAAUUCCUUGUUUAGAUGCUAUUCAGUGGAAUGUUCUUAUGAAUGGCUAUGUUAAGUGUAAUAUGGGUUCUGAGGCUUUGAGGGUUUUUCGGGAUAUGUUGAUGAGUGGAGUUGAGCCUGAUGAAUUUUGUGUAACUACUGUGCUUUCAGCUUGUGCUCAAACGGGGGCGGUUUUGCAAGGGAAAUGGAUUCAUGAGUAUGUUAAGAAGAGGAAUGGGAUGGAAUCAGAUGUGUUUGUGGCGACAGCGCUUGUUGAUAUGUAUACUAAAUGUGGGUGUAUAGACAUGGCUGAGGAAGUCUUUGAGAGGAUGCCUAAAAGGAAUGUGUUUUCAUGGGCAGCCAUGAUUGGAGGAUUGGCAGUACAUGGGUACGCAAGGAUGGCAAUUCAUUGCUUGGAUAGGAUGCAGGUAGAUGAUGGGAUAAGGCCUGAUGGGGUUGUCCUUCUUGGGGUUCUAGUGGCAUGUACACAUGCAGGACUCCAAGAGGAAGGCCAAUUGCUGUUGGAUGACAUGGAAAAUGGAUAUGGUAUUAGACCAAAACAUGAGCAUUAUAGUUGCGUUGUGGACUUGCUAUGUAGAGCAGGUCGAUUGGAUGAAGCACUUCAGCUCAUAAGAAGAAUGCCAAUGAAGCCACUUGCUUCUGUCUGGGGUGCCUUACUGAGUGGUUGUCGAGUUCAUAAUAAUGUUGAUCUUGCAGAGCUUGCUGUUGAAGAGCUUUUAAUGCUAGAAAAUGAUGGAGUAGAAGAAGAUGGAGCUUAUGUUCAGUUGUCAAACAUUUAUUUGGGUGCACGGAGAGGUGAAGAUGCAUGUAGGAUAAGGAGGAUCAUUGGUGAUAGGGGACUUAAGAAAACACCAGGGUGUAGUAUGAUAGAGGUGGAUGGCAAGGUGAAUGAGUUUGUUUCAGGGGAUGUAUCACAUUUGCACAGAGCUCAGAUAUGUGCAAUUCUGGAGCUACUGUCCCUUGAGUUAGUUUAAGAUCCUUGUUAGAACAUGCUGAAGGAUCUGCAGGCAUAUGAUAUGUAUAGUUUUAUGUUGGAAAUCCUUAAAUUAAUGAUACUCCAAUGAUUUCUGUUAAAGCCACAGUGGCAAAUUGAUUAUCAAGAGAUGGAUGGCAACCAUUUGUAUAUGCACAGGAUCCUGAGAGAUUGAAUGGCUUCCACACAACCAUUCACAUGUUAUGCAAUAUAAUUGGCAUCUUGACCUACUAUUGGCAAGCAUUUGGGGAGAAAACUAGAACAACCACUGAAAUCUAUUUUAAUAAUGUUACUUUAUCAUGGCUUUCUAUUUUAGUGGGAU